AUAUGAUUAUAUUCACCCCUCCAUUCUCUCUCCUCCCCUUCAUCCAUUCUAAUCCCAAACACACACUCUCUCCCUAUCUAUCCAAAAAUAAUAAACCUAAAAUAUGCAUUUUUUAUAUAAAAAAAAAUCCAGAAUCUAGCGUUUCACUGUCAUAUAUAGUAUCCAAACUGAUCUCAAACCACCAAGCUGAAGAAGAACAUGGCUGACUCGGACAACGACUCGGGUGGUCCAAACUCGGCGUCUCCGCGAGAACAGGACAGGUUUCUGCCGAUCGCGAACGUUAGCCGGAUAAUGAAGAAGGCUUUGCCGGCGAACGCGAAGAUCUCUAAAGACGCGAAAGAGACAGUGCAGGAGUGCGUUUCGGAGUUCAUAAGCUUCAUAACGGGAGAAGCCUCCGACAAGUGUCAACGCGAGAAGAGGAAGACGAUCAACGGUGACGAUCUGCUCUGGGCCAUGACCACUUUGGGGUUCGAAGACUACGUCGAUCCUCUCAAGAUUUACCUCCAGAAGUUUCGGGAGAUGGAGGGCGAGAAGACUGCCGGAGCCGCCCUCGGUCGCGGCCAGGGCGUCGAUAGUGGCUCUGAUGAUCAUGCUACCUUUGCAGCCAACUCCGCUGACGGCGGUGGUGGUAUGUAUGGUCACAGUAGUAGUGGAGUUCAGUCCACGGGGAUGAUGAUGAUGAUGGGUCAUCAUCAAGGGCAUCAUCAUCAUCAAUAUCAUCAUAUGUUUGGAUCAUCUGAUGGUGGUGGUAGUGGAACCUCCACUGGUAGACCUAGGUAGGUUUUAACUGUACUGUACUAUGUGUUUGUAAUGUUAAUACAGUUUUGGGUGCGUUUGAUGCUCAUUGUGAAAUUGAGAGUACUAAAUAAAAGUGAGGAACAAAAAUUGUGGAGAA